CCGUGCUGCUGCAGCGGCUCUCUUCCUAUCCGAGUGCACACCAAGGCUGCUGGAGUGAACCACACGUGUGACUGAGCUACGGGGAAAAAUCAGGUUCAACUAAUUAUCAUCGUGUUUCAGCGAAACACAUCGCAGCCAUGGUGAAACUCGCGAAGGCCGCGAAAAAACAAGCGCAGCCAAAGAAAAAGGCUCCUCCACCACCCAAGGAGGUCGAAGAAUCCAGUGAGGAGGACAGUGAUGAAGAAGUAGCAGUGGUUCCUCCACCUAAAGCUGCAGCCAAGAAGAAUGCAGCUCCAGUCAAGGCAGUGAAAAAUGGAAAAGCCCCGGCCAAGCAAGAAAGUGAAGAUGACGAUGAAGAGGAAUCAGAGGAAGAAGCUCCUCCAGCUAAAGUGGCGAAGGCUCCAGCUGCAAAAGCAGCCACUGCCAAGAAAGCAGCAGCAGCAGCUGAGGAGUCGGACGAUGAGGAUGAGGACGAUGAUGAAGAAUCUGAGGAGGAGCCACCCAAAAAGGCUACCCCUGCUAAAUCAGCUAAGGCAACACCUGUGAAGGCCAAGGCAGCUCCUGCAAAGAAAGAGGAGUCUGAGGAUGAUGAUGACGAUGAUGAUGAUGAAUCAGAAGAGGAGGAAGCACCGCCCCCUAAAAAAGCUACCCCUGCUAAACCUGCAGCUAAAGCAACCCCUGCUAAACCCGCCGCUAAAGCUACCCCUGCUAAACCCGCCGCUAAAGCAGCUCCAGCUAAAGAGGAGUCUGAGGAGGAGGAUGAUUCAGAAGAAGAGGAGGAGGAAAUGGACACAACACCUGCACCAACUAAAAAAGCAGCAGUGAAAAAUGCCAAGGAAGAAUCUGAGGAGGAAGAUGAAGACGAUGAGGAGGAGGAGGAUGACGAUGAUGAAGAGGAUGAUGAUGAAGAGGAUGAAGCUUCUCCGGUAACACCAGGAAAGAGGAAGGCAGAAGACAAGAAGGAUAAAGGAACACCACCCUCUAAAAAAGCCAAAUCCGAUGGAGAAUCUUUCAGUUUGUUUAUUGGUAACCUGAAUGCUGAUAAAAGUUUUGAAGAAAUUAAAGAAGGCAUCGGAAAAUUCUUUAAGAAGGAGGGUCUUGUGAUUCAGGAUGUCCGUGUUGGAGGUUCCAAGAAGUUUGGUUAUGUUGACUUUGCCACAGAAGAGGAGUUUCAGCAAGCCAUCGGUCUUAAUGGGAAAAAGUGUAUGGGUCUGCCGAUCAAACUGGACAGAGCAAGAAGUAAAGAGGACUCUCAGGAAAGCAAAAAGGAGAGAGAUGCCCGAACGCUGUUUGUGAAAAAUCUGCCAUAUUCUAUCACCUCGGAUGAGCUGAAGGAGAUUUUUGAUCAAGCUCUGGAUAUCAGGAUACCUGUCGGCCACACCGGCACUAGCAGAGGAAUCGCAUAUAUUGAAUUCAAGACCGAAGCAAUCGCUGAGAAAAUGCUGGAGGAGACACAGGGUUCAGAUGUUCAGGGCCGAUCCAUCAUGGUGGACUUCACAGGUGCCAAAAGCCGACAGAGUGGCAAAGGACCAGCUUCAGCUCCUGCAAACAAGGUUCUGGUUGUAAAUAAUCUGGCAUUCAGUGCUACAGAGGAUUCUCUGCAGAGUGUGUUUGAGAAAGCAGUCUCUAUCAGAAUACCACAGAAUAACGGCCGGCCGAAAGGGUAUGCCUUUGUUGAGUUCGAAAACACAGAUGAUGCCAAGGAGGCGAUGGAUUCAUGCAACAACACAGAUAUUGAUGGCAGGAGCAUCAGACUGGAGUUCAGCCAGAGUAGAGGAGAGGGAGGUGGACGAGGAGGAUCAGGACCCACAAAAACUCUGUUCGUCAAAGGCCUGUCAGAUGACACAACAGACCACACUCUGAGGGAUGCAUUUGAGGGUGCUGUCGCUGCCAGAAUCGCCACAGAUAAAGAUACAGGAUCCAGUAAAGGGUAUGGUUUUGUUGACUUCGACAGCGAGGAAGAUUGCAAAGCUGCAAAGGAAGCAAUGGACGAUGCAGAGAUCGAUGGAAACAGAGUGACUCUGGACUAUGCCAAGCCCAAAGGAGAAGGAGGACGAGGUGGUGGACGAGGAGGUUUUGGUGGUGGUUUUGGAGGAGGAUUCGGAGGAGGAUUCGGCGGUGGCAGGGGAGGACGUGGAGGAUUUGGCGGUAGAGGAGGAGGAGGAAGGGGGGGUGGAUUUAGAGGUGGAAGAGGUGGUGGAGGACACCGUGGUGGAGGAAGAGGAGGCUUCAGAGGUGGCCGAGGUGGUGGUGGUGGAGGCGGAGCAAAACCUCAAGGAAAGAAGAUCAAAUUUGACGAUUAAAAACUACUUUUUUUUUUUUUUUUUAAUAUUUCCAAAUAAAUGGACUAUUUCUGCUUGAAUGGUCUUUUGGACAUUCCAGUGUCUGUCCAUCUGCCACUUCUUGCAUUCUCAAAUGUUCAUCUGCACGCAUCUUCAUGUUUUCCCCAGUUUUGUGGGAGAAAAGUUGAAUGUGAAUGUUCUUUUUCUAAUUUGUUGUUUUUCCAUUUUUACUGGUUUUGUUAAAUAACCUUAUUUUUUUGCCCCUCCCUUUUUUUUCUUUUUCUUUUUUUUUUUUUUUUUUAAGUUUGCUUUAGGUGCGUGUUUUACCAUAAACUGUACAAAGCAUAUUAUAAGAGGAACGAUUAAACAUGCCCAAAAUGUGGUUGGGCUUUUUGAAAUCUAGUUAACUUGUGUACUGUCUUAAGUCUGUGUGCGUGUGUGUAGUUGCUUUGAUCAGAAAUGCCUCGAAGGUGUGUAGAGAUCAGUGUGUGGAUUAUAUCUAACUACUUCAACAAAUUUUUUACUUGUUGAAAAUUUUAAAUAAACUAAAUGAUUUGUAAAA